CUGGCGCCCGCACCCAUCGCCGCGCCCGCGUCUCCACUAUGAAUUAGCCCAUCGCUCGCGACUCCGAAGUGUUCCGAAGGUCACCGUACCGAGUUAGCUCGAGUUCUUAUAAAAGUAACUCGAGUUGACUCGUGGGAGUAAUUGAGCUGAAUAGUUCGACUCGCCAUCUCUAGUUGUCACUGUCAUUUUCUUUGAAAUGGAUUGAUUUUUACUAAACAAUUUUAUGCCAGAAACCUAAUAGUAUUUUUGUAAAUUUAUUGAUGUUUAUUGUCGAGUUAGUUUUUGAAGAUUAGGCAGGAACUAUGGAAAACCUGGAGCAGAUCAGUGUUCUGUGGUUGUGAUGAUGUCUGCGCGAAAUUAUUUGUCAGCGCGAGAGAAGCACACGAAAUACGAUUGUUUGCCGGAUAUCAAACAACAGAAGUUCAGCUAUAGGUCAGGGACGGAGCUGCCGCCCGUGUCUGCCAACAUUAGCAAUGUUGUGAACAGAAACAUCGGCUAUCCCUACGGAAUCCAGCCUUACAUUUUAAGCGCUCAGCGCGCUGGUACCCCAUUCUCUGACUUUUUCUCUGAUAGCGAAAUCGGUACUCCAGAUCUGCAUAGCGAAGAGAGCGAUAGUAGUUCUGGAUCAGCUCUUCGGCGUAGCACAGCCGAGGCGACAAAGAUCCUUGCUGAUGAAUGGGAAAGGAUUGAGAGGACUUUGUAUGAUGAGGAAGGCGAGAAAUGUUUACGACCACAGAUUGUUGAGGAUUGCAAACAGUGGAGAGCACUGCACCCACAGCUGAGGAUCCUUGGUAAGGCUAUCCAACUACCUGAAAAAAGACCUGGCCAACGUACAAUAGAGUAUGAUGAAGUUGUUGCUAUGCACUAUAGUGACUACAGUGAGUUCAGUGAAAGUGAGGAACGUCUAUCACAGAGUAGCACAGAUGUCACACCAGAAAAUUCUCCAAGACCUUCAGUUUGUGACCACACAAAUGACCUUAAGGUAUUAUGGGAUAAAACAUCACAUUUGGAUGACCAGCCACGGCUUGUAAGGGAAAAAUUGUUAACUUUCUCGACAGGUGAUUCACAGCGAGAUUUGCAAGAUACAUUUUGCUCUCUUCUCCACAUUACACCAGUGCAAAUACGAAGCCCAUCACAUAGGAAAAGACAAAACCCUUCAAUAUUGAAGUCUGAAAUAGCCUCUUCACGGUGGAUGAAAAGUUCCAGGCCAGAUUCAUCCAUUAAUUGUGAUAGAAAUAGUGCUAAGUCUUUUGUUUCGUUAGACACACGAAAUUAUGGUAAUACAGCAUUAAGUGCUUCUGAACGCAACAAGUUGUUGAACAGUAGAGUUACAACCGGAAAACAUAGGGACAUAGCACGACUGGAGCCAUUAUUCACACCUGAUAUAAUUCAAAAUGAAGUGUACAGAAUACCAAAUGGUACAGCACAUCCAUAUAAUAUCAGGAAAGUGUCAUUACCACCACUACUUCUAGAAGAGGAAAAGAAGAAGGUUUCUAAUAAUUCUGGAAAAAAGACAAGUAAGGUCCGUAAAAAUUCAAAAAAUUCAUAUCAGCUGGACAGAGUUAGACACAAUAAAUAGAUUGUGUGAUUAAAAUGAAUGUUGCACUGAAUUAGAAACAAGGUAAGAGGACAACACAUUAUGUGGCUGUUUGGACAAAUGGUUUGAUAGUUUGAAUAUAGAAAAAUGUUUGUCAAUGAUUGUAUCAUGUAUGGUGUUGCAAAAUGCACCUUUUUGAGUGUUUAGGGGUGGAUAAAGGAGCUUAAAGAAGUUGGUAGGCUAGUAAAACACAUCAGUUUUAUUUGAUGAUCUCAUUUUAUUUCACAAGUGAUACAGAGACUCAUUUGGUAUAUUCUAUUCCUUGAGUAAAGAUUCCUGUUUUGUAUAAUUAAAUAUAGACAUAACAAUAAGACUAAUUGUUAACUUGUCAUUCUAAAUGAGUCUCAUUAUGUAGCAUAUAGGUAGCAUCUCAGGUGCAGUGUUAUUUUAUUUUACAAAUAGACUUUAUUUAUAUUUUAACGGCCUAGUCUAUAUAUGAUAGUUUUCAUUAAAUGUUAGUAUUGAUCCAUGUUAGCUGAAUUUAUUACUUCGUGCAUUGUGUUGAAGUUUUGAGUACAAAUAAUAGUGAAAACGAUUUCACUAUUAUAAAUAUAUUUUCUGUAAAAAAACUAUUUUCUUAUUUCAAAGUUAGUUUCAUUCAGGCAUUCCAAAACACGGAAGGAAAAACAAUGGAAGGGCUUUAAGCCUCAUUACUAUCAGAAGCGUUUGACGCCAAAACUCACACUAUAGUCGUAGUUUGUAAUUUGAAAAGAUGUAACAAAUUCUAGACUGUUAAUAUAAUUUAAACUUUACCCAGUUGGCAUAUCAUUGAAAGUUCAAUACCUCUUAUUGCAAGAUACGACGUUUUGAUUUUAUAUUGAAAUUUCAUUAAAUGCGCUGCCAUCUAGCGACUAUAGCGGAAAGACAGCGAACGGUUAAGAGCAUUUGCGCACUACGUCUGAUCCGAAUCCGAGAAAUGGCGAUGACGGUCCGAAAUGUCACAGGUGACUGAAGUGACAUUUUAUCUCACUAUUAAGGCUAAAUCCAACUCUAUGCUGCAAACGAUAAGAACGGUCCAAAGUACAAAGUGUCAAGGUCGAUGUGGUCUUGACUACAAGUGAUAUUCGUAUAUUCGUUUAAGGUUUACUUUCGUUUCUUGUAACAAAAAUUGUUUAAGAAAAACAGAAAAUUGAACAAAAUUAAAUUAAUUAAAAUAAGACUCAACGAUGAUAUGGGACACCACCAUGGAUAAUAUUACAGGUGCGACAGUGGUGCGACUAUAAUUUUUCAUUUCAAAUUUUUUUCCACGAUUUCAAGUAUGCACACGUGUUACGCCCACUAAGCACUUCUAUUAUAUUUAUUGGUCUGUGUUCAAAAAUUAGGUCUCAAUUUACAUUGCCGCGGGGCGGAAUGGAACGGAAGUGCCGCCGUGCGAGUAAAGGCUUGCGCAUGCGUGGUAAACUCGAGCGUUCGCGAGAAUUCUCGCGGCUGCGCCUAGAGGCUGUAGUAGGUGUUCAGUCCCAAUCUUUUAUGUGACGAGGAUGAUGGACUUGCAUAUUGUUUUUAUUUCGCUUAUUUGUGAAGACUAAAGGGAAUAAAAAACACGUAGGAAAAACAGAUAUUUGGGCUUAUGAUUUAUGGAACAAACAAAAACUUUUUGGACAUACGAAUAUUUAUUCUCUUUCCACCUAUUUUUUAUGAUUAUGAUAACCUAUUUCGUAGACGCUUGACGUCGCACUGCGCCUGUAUUUGCACCACUUGCUGCGGAGUCGUCAGGUAUCGCCGACGGCAUCUGCGGGCAUUCCCGAGCAUGCACGAGGAUUCUCCGGAAGAUGCGCGAUCUGUUUCUGGCCCGUAUGUAGUUUGUACGUUAUACAAUUGACAUUCAUUGCAGUGUUCACUUUCGUUACAUAAAAUUGCUUCCAUUCCCUUCCGCGGCACUGUAAAUUGUGAAAUUAAGCUUAGUGUGUUGGUGUUAUAUACAAAAGGUGGAGUAAUUAGUAAAACAACUUUUCAAAUACAAAUACAGAAUUUUAUUUUGAUAUUUACAUUAUUUGCAUUUUAUUAACAAUCAACAUCAACAAUAUUAAAUAAUUUUUUGUUCUCGUGGUGUGAUAUAUUUCGAACAGUCGGGCAAUAUUACAUUCUCCAAGUUGCGCAGUUUUUAAUAGAAAUGAACAAAUUUUUCGUUCUCAACAUUUCCUUUUUUUAGAAACAAAUUCUCUUUUUAUAAGGAACCAUUUCGGUAUUUUGC